UCGUUCGACCCCGCCAUGACUGACAGGCUGCCGGCCGCCCAAUCAGAGCCUCCCAAAGACCUCGAAGCCCCCGCCCCGCGUUCGGGCGUCGUCAUGGCAGCUGCCGCGGGAACCUGGGCCUUUUCGCGACCUGCCGUGGAGAGGAUGAGGCAGCUGCUGCUCGAGGGGGGCUUAGCGACCGGCUGCCUCCAGGAGGCCAUGGCAGAUAUUGAGAAUGAUGAGAAAACAGGACAUUUUGUAAUAGGACGGGGAGGCUACCCAAAUAAACAGGGCAUAAUCCAAUGUGAUGCAGCAAUAAUGGAAGGACAACCUGGGCGUUUUGGAGCUGUGGCAGCCUUGCAUGGAAUUGGAACUCCUCUCGCUGUAGCACGUAAGGUCAUGGAAGAAACUCCACACAGUUUUCUGGUUGGGGAUGGUGCUGUGGCUUUUGCAAAAGACCAAGGCUUCACUGUGGAAGAUAACCAAAGUAUGAUGAGUAAGCAGAGUACAGAAGCUUAUCAGGAAUAUUUAGAAAAGGGAAAGAGCUUGAAGAAACAUGAUACAUUGGGUUUGAUUGCCUUGGAUACCUUUGGAAAUAUAACAGUUGGGGUUUCUACUUCUGGAGCACCUUUUAAAUAUCCAGGAAGAGUGGGAGAUUCUCCAAUGCCGGGAUGUGGGCUGUAUGCUGAUAAAGAGGUAGGAGCUGCAGUAGCUACUGGUGAUGGAGACAAGAUUAUGUGUUUCUGUCCUUGUUUUCAUGCAGCCCUGUUAAUGAAACAGGGCUUGUCUCCUAUGGAUGCAUGCCAGACUGUUGUCCAGGAUAUCCUCCAACGAACAGGAAAGGAAAAUAUGUUUGAACUUGGAUUAAUUGCAAUGAAUAUGAAGGGAGAAGUUGGAGCUGCUUCGUCAAUGCCAUUCCCAUACUGCGUCUGGUCACAGGGAAAGGACUCUGUAGAAGAAUUGAUGCAACAAUGCUAACAACUGUGAAAGGAUCAAGGAAAAAAUUAUUCUGUACCACGUGCGCCCAGGUUCAGAGUCACAUCCACCUUUAUCUUGUGAAGUUUCCUUUUCUUGUGUAAAGUAUUGGGGAGGGGAAUCUAAAUUGAGAUUUUUCUUCAGAAGGUCUGAACUAUGGGUAUAUGAGAGCUUCAGCCUAUACCUACUGCAUAUUCCUGCGUAUAAGACUACUUUUUAACCCAGGAAAAUCUUCUCAACCAGGGGGUUGUCUUAUACGCCGGGUCGUAUUUCCCAAACUCUAUACAGUGGAACCUCGGUUUAUGAACACCUCGGUUUACAAAUUUUCGGUUUACGAACGCCGCGGACCCAUCUGGAACGGAUUAAUUCACUUUCCAUUACUUUCAAUGGGAAAGUUCGCUUCAGUUUAUGAACAGACUUCCAGAACCAAUUACACCCAUGCUUCGGGUUAAGUACACUUCAGGUUGAGUACUCCGCGGACCCGUCUGGAACGGAUUAAUCCACUUUCCAUUACUUUCAAUGGGAAAGUUCGCUUCAGUUUAUGAACGCUUCAGUUUAUGAACAGACUUCCGGAACCAAUUGUGUUCAUAAACCGAGGUACCACUAUAUUUUACCUGGAAAAGUUGGGGGUUGUCUUACACGCCCAGUAGUCUUAUACGCCGGAAUAUACGGUAAUCAAGAAACUCUGAUUUGUUAGGGCCAAGCUGGACAAUACAUUAAAAUGUGCAGUUACUGUUCAUCUUUAUACCAUGUAUGUCAGGGAGCCAGCCAGCAAUAACUCACACAAAGUACAUGAAGUUAACUCUCUAUUAGAACUCUUUAUUAGAGAAAACUAGGCUUGCUCAGGGUGUUCUAGGAGACCAGGUCAGAGGGGAGCUGGUCGCAACAGGAGGGAUAGACUUCCUGGCUUCUUCAGCAAUCUGCCUCCACUCUGCCUCUUGACACACACCUCUCCUGCUUCUGGACUGCUCUCUGCCACAGCCUCUUCUUCCUCACUAAACCUUGUUACCUCUUCAGCUUCUGACACCUCCUCCCAGGUUUGCCCCUCUUCUCCCUCUGAUCACUCAUUGUUGUCCCACGGCUCUGAGCUGUAUUCCCCUGGCAAUUCCCCAGCUGCUGCUGCCUCCCACCAUUCAUCUGGGUCCAGCCACUCCAUGACACUGUGUGGCAUGAGAGAGAAGAAAGACUUUGAACUGAGAGGAGGAUUUUAACUCUUUUCUCCCCUCUGCUGUGAUCAUUACGAAAUCACACCCACCUGCUGCUGUUCAUUCCAGGAAGAAAACUGCCAUUAACACCAAUGACAGCUUCUCUCCUAGGACAAAUAGCAGCUUCAGUUAUGAGGUGGCAUUUGGAAAUUAGCCACAAUAGCUCCACUCAUGGAAGAAGAUGGUAAGACCAUAGAUAUAUUAAGGGGGGUGGAGUUCUGCUUUAAAAAACAAACAAACAACUUUCAUAAUAUGCUUACACUGUGUUUCCCAGAGAGUAUUUUUGUAAAUGUAUAAUGCUCCCUUGUGUCUAAUAUUAAUUAAAAAUGCAAAGAAAAAAACCUGCAAAAAAUGCCAUAUUUUCACAUUACAUACAGACAUCACAGGUUCACUCUCGGGAGUAAAUAAAAGCUAGUGCUGUAUUUAUUAAGGGAAAGCCUUUUCAAUAAAACUAUACAUGCUUUAAGUUAUACAUGCUUUGUCCAGGCUUAAAAAAAAAAGUCGCUCCAGGAUGCAUAGAGCAGAAACAUGUCAUAUUUUAUUACUGAUAACUGUUACUUCUGUACAUCACAGUGACAAAGUUCUGUGUGCUGUUGAUUUCACAGAAGUUGCACAAAUCAGUGCAGAUUUUCGACCUUUGGUACUGGCACUGAUAGUCCUGCCACACUGGAGGCAGUCAACUGCCGUGGUAGGCAAAACGUCUAACGUUUUGUAGCAAAUUUGCAAUAACCAUGCCUUAUUAAAGUAAUAAGUAAAGUAAUAGCUGUUGGAGAAGCAUACAUAUUGUGAAGGUACCUGUGACACCUCUUCAUAGACUCAAAGAAUUGUAGAGUUGGAAGGGACCCCAGGGGUCAUUUAGUCAUAAUACACAGCACAGGGGAAGAACAUGUCAGUGACACACCUUGUACUACUCUAGAGCACUGACAUAUCCUCAGUGGCACAACUUUAAAUGAGUUCUAGACCUAGUUCUGAAGUGAUAUGGUAGAGUAACAAUAGAACAUCAGCUGCAGUAAACCGGUUAUCCCAACCCCAGGCUGGUUGCUAAAUGUCCCCUCCCCUCUUAUUUUGUUCCAGUAGGGGUUCCUGCCAUGCUGGAAGAUAAAGGUGGCACUACUAAGUUAAAAAGCAGUAUGCAAGGUUCUGUGUGGCUUCUAAUCGGGGAGGCACUUGUUCUUGCACAAAAUGAACUUUUGGCCCUGGGAAGCACACUUGGCAGGCCUAAAGCAAUAUUUGUGUUGCUGCUCCCAGCAUAGAAUGAGUGGGCAUCUUAGAACAGGGGUCCCCAAACUUACCCGGCUUCGGGCCGGUUCCUCCGGCACUGAUCGCGCAGCGCGCCAGAGGGCAGGGGAACGCGUUCCCAUACGUGCGCGCACUUGCUUUUUCUGGCGUGGCACCGGAAAUGGCUUCUGCAUGCACAGACGUCAUUUCCGGUGCACUUCCAGGGUGGUGCAACACCAGAAAUAGCACAAUCUAUUUCUGGCGCCGCGCCAACCCAAAGAUGGGCAACUGCACCGCGGCGCGCCGAUAAGAGUGGGCGGCGGGGGCCCCACAAUUGGCUCGCGCGGGCCACAUCUGGCCCCCGGGACAUAGUUUGGGGUCCCUGUCUUAGAAGCUUCUGCCAUUAUGCUAAAAAAUCCCCUUCUCACAUGAUGCAGACAACGAUUGCAUUUGGAAAAAAGUCCAUGGAAACUGGAUGCGACCCAUGAGUUAGUUUAAUCUCUUCCAGGUUCUCUUCCUGAUCUGUGACCAGCCUGGAGAGACUAUCUACAGAAAACAAAAACAUUCUGCCUGCAAAAAAGGGUGAAGAUAAGAAUACAUUGACAUUUUAGGAUAUAAUCACAGCUUGCCAUCUCAGUGGAAAUAUGGGCUGCUGAUAAUAAUGGGCUGCCUUUAUCAUUUGGACACUGCUUUUGUUCUUUACAACAGGAUUGCUGUUACCUUUUGGUCCACAACCAUUUCUUUAACCAGUUUUAAAACAUCUUUGGAGAUAUAACAUGAGAGCACUAGUCUAAUAUGAGAUGUCUGAACGUUAUAAUUACAUUCACGACCACCCAAAUCCUUUUGCUGACUUGUUUGCGGAGCAAGGAGUUAUCUUCCAAUUCAGAUAACUGCUUUUUAAGUUCAGCUUUUCAUUGUACCAUACGCUGACAAUGAAUAAAAUGCAAAAUUUAGAAAUAAAAUUGUGUAGGAAACAUCUACACCAGGGGUUCCCAGACUAUGGCCCGCGGGCCGGAUACGCAGCAACCCCCGCCACCUGCUGCUGCCGCCUGCUCUUACCGACCCGGUGCGGUGGCCCACUUCCGGGUCUCCGGAGCACGGGAAAUAGCUUGUGCGCAUGCGCAAGCGUCAUUUCCGGCGCACGUCUGAGUCGAAGAAGGCCCAUGUGAAUGUGCACAAGCUAUUUCCGGUGCUCCAGUGACCCGGAAGUGCGCCAGAAAUAGUGUGUGCGCAUGCGUAUGGCCGCGCGCUCCCCCACCCUCUAGCCCGCCGCGCGAUCGGCGCUUCGGGCACCGGCCCAAAGCGCAGUAAGUUUGGGGACCCCUGAUCUACACAAUUGUUUUCUGAUAGAGAGACUUGCUGGAUCCACCUUCCUGCGCACACAAGUUCCAGGUGUAAGAGGGUUCUUUUGCUAUGCGCAUACAUGUGCAUGCAUGCUCAAAGUUGUAUGUGUCCCUCAAGGGGACAUGAGAAGAUUAUCUCUUAUUUUGCAACAGAUACUCGAGACAGAAAACAACUGUAAGCCAAAUAUUUAUCAUCUCCCUUCCCACCCCUACUUCUUUGUUCCUCUUAAUAGCUAAUUCUGGCUUCCUACUGUUUGGUGCUCUGACCACUUAUCAUUGUGUCAGUAUGGACAGGGUUUGAAGUAUUUGGUAUUGGUACCAGAAUCUGCUAACUAUUGUUACGGUAAUUCGUUUCAGUUGUCCAUUUGCUUUUACCCCAUCCUAUGAAUGUGAGAUCAGGCUGAGCACCUCCCAUGGUUUUAGCUAUGACACACACUGCAAAUACUGAGCAAUAUGCAGCAUUCGCUACAAUUCUACAUCAAUGUCGUCGUAUUUUGAACAGAAAACAUUUACAUUAAAAAAUUAAACAUUGCAGAGCAUACAAAACAGUGACUUCCAACAACUCAAACAACUUUGGAAGUUCCUCUCUAGAGAAGCUAGUCUGGCUUCCACCAGCAGGUGAAGACUUUUUUUCUUCCAAC